AUGUCCGGGAUAUUAGAAGAAGCGCGGAAAUACGCAGCCCAGAAUUCCCGUCCGCCGUGGUACGAGCAUGAAUUAAAGGAUUUGUCGAUUGAAGCGCGCAGGCUGUUGGAGCAGUAUAGCGGGAUUCCGGCAGAUGAGGUUGAUGGCCAUAUUCUCGCUCUGCGAGACCGUGCAUUUGAUAUUUUUCCAUACCCGUGCAUCGGAUCCUUUAGAUUUCUGCAACUGAGUCUCGUCGAAACUAUACACUACAACGAAAUCCUGCAGCGAGUCAAAGCCGGUGAAAAGUUUCUUGACGCGGGGUGCUGCUUUGGCCAGGAGUUGAGACAGUUGGCAUUCGACGGCGCUCCAGAGGGUAACCUCUACGGCACUGAUAUUAGUCUCGAUUUUAUGAACCUGGGCUAUGACCUAUUUCUUGAUAAAGACAGGUUCAAGGCGCGUUUUAUCGCUGCAGAUAUCUUUGAUGAUAACUCAGAUUUGGUGAAAGAGUUGACCGGGCAGAUAGACAUCAUCUAUGCUGGCUCGUUUUUACAUCUCUUUGGGAAAGAAGAUUCCUUCAAGGUCGCGAAAAGACUGGUCAGUCUGUUGAAAGAUAAGCCGAAUGCGUUGAUUCUGGGGCGACAGGUGGGCAACAUUGACCCGGGCGAGCAACGGGAGGUGGCCGGCGAAAAAUCAAUUUUUCGACAUAAUGAAGCAUCGUGGAUUGAGUUUUGGCAUCAGGUUGGAGAGGAAACGGGCGUUAAAUGGAAAGUUGAAGCUUCGUUGGUUUCUGGGUUGGCGGAAAGCACUUGGAAGUGGCAUAAAGAUAAGAAUGUGCGUCUGUUGAAAUUCGCUGUGAGGCGGGAAUGA